ACCUAUGAAAAGAGCGGGCCGGAACUAGCGGACUUUCAACUUGGGUUUUCUCGCAUUCCUCAGUAGUUAUGUCCCUUGUUUUCGACCUCAAGUGUUUAUUCUACCAUCGCAGUCUUGUAACCAGCAAUCUAUCUUGUUCCCUUCUACGGGAUCGUUAUCAGACUUAGGGUGUUGCUGACAAUACCAACCACCAGCAUAUAUAUAUGCGCUGCUACACGAUAAUAUUGCUCAUACCGAGUCACGACAAGCUGAGAGUCAUCUAGCUAAGAAUAAUUCGACUGGUGACUCACUGGCCAUUGAAAUAUCCAUGGAUCAUCGCAAAUUUUUGAUGUCUCAAACUUCUCGCUUUACCCAACGCCAUGCAGACAGCCUACCCAAGAUUCAAUGUCUCCGAUUCUGUUUCAGAUAUCUUCGGUGAACUACAAAACCUCCUCGCACGCUCGCAAGUGAUUAUUCCAGACCUUGAAACUCCAUACUCCAGAUUCCCCAAUACCUACUGCUCUACUAUUGAGGUUGAAGGCCAGAGCGUUAUCAACAUCAUCUCUGAGCGUCAGCAGCAAUUGGAUGCAGUUCUACGUGAGAUCUCGGGCCUGAACGCCAUAACGAACAGCAUCGAAAAAAAUUAUCAGCAAGCCGUCGAAAAAAAGGAGAAGAUUACACAGUCCAUAAAUCUACACAAGGGAGUCACAUCGACUCUUUGGCGCGUGCCAGCGGAAGUCCUAUCUCAAAUAUUUCACCACUGUCUCCCUAAAACCACAUCAUCGUCCCCAUCGUCCCUAAAAGCCCCUAUUCUGUUAACAAGAAUAUGCCGAAGAUGGAGGGAGGUUGCUGUGAAUACGCCCGAUUUAUGGUGCAGGUUAUAUUUGGAAGCCAACAACACAGACAUGAGGCGGGCGGCUUUCUGCUACGACUUGUGGCUCAAGCGUUCACGAGGAUGUCCGACCUCGUUAAGACUCGGGCACAACCACUCAACCGAUGUACACCGCCUUCUUCAUCCUUAUAUGACUCGUAUCACAUCUCUCCGAACCUAUGUUGACUGCUUUCGGGGCAAACGUCCUCACCUGCGUGCUACAGACCUCCCAGCACUUCAGGAGCUGGUCAUAGCAGAGAUGACAAAUCGUGAUAUUCAAACCAUUCCACGAUUCAUCUCGCGACUUCCUUCGACUAUGCGCACUUUCAAGGUCAUUGACACGAGGCUGUUUUUUGACAUCGAUCUCUUGUCCUCUUUCAGUCCCAUAUGGGCCCAUUUGACGGAUGUCCAGAUCCCCGUAUGUCACCCAAACGCAUUCCUCCAUUUGCUUCAGCUAUGUCCCAACCUCUCCUCCUUAAAUGUUCGCCUAUCAGUUCUCCAAAGCGUACCCUUGAAAACAUUCACACACACCAAAUUAGAAUCCUUAUGCGUCCCUAAUCACGCUUAG